AUGUCUGAUACGGAGAAGUCAGGAAAGUCCGAGAACGUCACAGUGCUCACCAGGAGCGAGAGUCGGGGCAACAUCAACUACUUCGGGGAGUCCUUGGACCCCGUCCCGCCGCGCCCGCUCGCCGAGGGACAGUCUCCCCAGCCCGUGGUUCACCAGUAUGGCAAUCCCACUCCCCUUGGGAUGCUGGCCUAUGGGACAGUCUUCCUGUGCUCGUCAUUGCUCACCCUCGGCGCCGGUGGAGUGACAACGCCGAACCUCGUCUUGCUCUUCGCCAUGUUCUACGGCGGUAUUUCGCAGACGUUGGUGGGCAUGUGGGAGUUCUACCUCGGGCAUACCUUCGCAGCAACUGUCUUUGCGACCUACGGAGGCUUCAACUUCAGCUACGGUGCGCUCUACCUGCCAGAAAUUGGUAUCGCAUCGGCAUAUUCGGUUGGCGGUGUGCCCACGGAGGAGUUCACGCACGCUGUUGGUAUCUAUCUGGCGAUCUGGUGCCUGAUUACCGGCGUAUUCUUCAUUGGCGCUCUUCGCACAACCGCGCCGAUUGUCUGGACGCUUGGAAUGACGGUCGUCUCGCUCGCUUGCCUGUCAUCGAACUGCUUCAACCCGAACCCGCACACAAACAUUGCAGGCGGUGCGUUCGGCCUUGCCGCGACCGCUGGAGCUUACUACGGUGCCUUGUCUCAAUUCUACACACGGGCGUCGACGUUCGAGUAUAUCCGCCUGCCGCCAGUCGUGCUCGCGUACUCCGACCCGCAGAGCGCAUGA